AUGACGGCAAGGGACGACAGUAAGGGAAGGUCGUCAGUAGAUGACAAGGCCAAAUGUGAUGAGGACGAUGACUUGAUAGGCCGGGAGAAGCCUGCUAAAUUGGGCACUGAGAUUGGACUUGAGUCGAGGCCAGGAGGCCUCACCCAGAGUGGCAAUCCUAUUCCAAUGCCUAACGCGUUCCCAACUGAUCCUACACAGCAUUUCAACUCACCAUAA